CGUUGCGGGCGGAGCGCGGAGCUCGGGGCGGGGAGCGGUGCGGGGCUCGGAGCGCGGAGCGGUCGCUCCCGGCGCGGGGCCGCCAUGGCGUGGCCCUGCAUCACCCGUGCCUGCUGCAUCGCCCGCUUCUGGAACCAGCUGGACAAGGCGGACAUCGCCGUCCCGCUCGUUUUCACCAAGUACUCGGAGGCCACCGAGCACCCCGCCGCGCCCCCGCCGCGCCCCGCGGCGCCCAUCGAGACCCAGCCGGGCGGCGAGGCGGCUGCGGCGGCCGCGGGAGCUGAGCCGGCUCCCGGCGCCGCCCGGCCCGGCCCGGCCCCGCACGCCUCCCCCCCGGCCGACUCGGUGAUGCGGCACGACUACAAGCCUUGGAAGGUGCAGCGGCCGGAGCCGAGCUGCAAGCCCAAGAGCGAGUACCAGCCCUCGGACACUCCCUUCGAGAAGGAGACGCAGUACCAGAAGGAUUUCCGUGCCUGGCCGAUCCCCAAGCGGGGCGACCAUCCCUGGAUCCCCAAACCGGGACCUUCCCCCGUCCUGGCCCUGGACCGCGCUCCCCCGGAGAAGCCGGCUCAGGAGAAGCGGCGGAAGGUGCACAUCGCUCCCGAGAAGAAGGAGGAGCACCCCGAGGCGGAGGAUGAGCAUCCCAAAGCAGCGCGGCCCGGGGAUGGGAGAGACAAGGGUCGGAAGAAGGCGGAGGAGGCGGGCGGGCAGCCGGCGGAGCCGAGCCGAGGCCGGGCGGCUGCCGAUGCUGUCAACAGGCAGAUCAAAGAGGAGGUGGCGGCGGGGGUCAGCUCGUCCUACAGAAACGAGUUCAGACCCUGGAUAGAUGUCAAGCCCGUGAAAGCGAUAAAAGCAAAGCCCCAGUACAAGCCACCAGAGGAGAAAAUGAUCCAUGAAACCAGUUACAGUGCUCAGUUCAAGGGGGAAACCAGUAAGCCUUCUCCAGCUGAUAACAAAUACCUGGAGCGCAGAAGGAUACGCACUCUCUACUGUGAACCCUACAAAGAACCUCCAAAGGUGGAAAAGCCUAGCACAAAGCCUUCCAAACCAAAAAAGACCACAACAAGCCAUAAACCCUUGAAAAAGGCCAAAGACAAGCAGAUUGCAUCUGGCCGGGCUGCCAAGAAAAAGAGCGCCGAGACCUCCAACACUGCAAAGCCAGAAGAUAAGGAGAAAAGUAAAGAGAUGAACAAUAAACUGGCUGAGGCAAAAGAGGUUUAUUUAGAGAUGUGCCAGUGCAGGAGAGAAAGAGACUUUUAAGAAGAUGCUUCUGACAUAGCUUGUACCUCCCAACAUCCAAGGAAUAAGAACCAACAUUGACAUCAGAUGAAGAAGAGGAGCCACACAGGAAGGAGAAAUUCCCUAAUAUAAACAUGAUGAUACGGAUGUGCUCAACUCCAAGAACAGUAUCUUUUCCACAUUUGGAAAAUAUUGUGGUGUUCAGACAUGGGCUUCUGCUCUGCCUUGUUCCAACAGUGUCAUGGUAAGUUUGAUUCAUUUGGGGAAUUGGCACCUUACUUCCAUUUGUCCUUAUUCACCUGAGCUUUCUGGGUUGGGAACAAUUCCACUAAUGCCACUGGGCCUACUUCCAAGCUCAGGGGUGUGUGAUAAGGGGUAACACAGCUCUGAGUACUUCAGGACUGGUGGUCUGUCAUGAGCUCUGAAUUGCUUGUAAAGACUCUUAAUUUCUGUUGCAGGAUACCUUGGGAACAACUCCCUGAUCUUGACUGCCAUGGUGGAGGACAUGUGAGGCAAGAAUAAAACAAAAUCCUACUAGUGGAUUGAAGGCAUCUUUGUGCUUUCUAAAAUGCCAGCUUGCCCUUCAGGGGAAGGAAGUCUGCUCCAUGGAAGCCAACGAAAAGACCAGCCGCCAGAAAAAUGAUGGAUGGUAGUGGCAGAUCUUAGUGAUGUUUGAGAGCCCUGACUGCCUUCAGUGUGUUUCAAUGUGAGAGAUGGGAAGGGGAAAGCAUUUCUGAACCUUCCUUGUUGUCCUCUGCCCACCCCAGCCUAGCCUGUGGCAUGCAACAACCCCAAGUCCCCAAACAGAGCUGGAGACACCGGUGUGUCCUCUCUAGCUCUGAAAGAGGUUGGAGAACGGGGUCACAGCAAGGAGUGAGGAGCACCCUGCAUGGCACAUGGUGGGGGGAAUCUCACCUCACGAUGGGUGGCAGAUGGGUCUGCUCUUGUCAGUUAACAACACCUAUAGGCACUCGAUGGUUCCAGUACCAGAUGGUCAAGGCAGGAAAAUCCAGCCCCUGGCCAUUGGACUGACCUGCUCCUUGGCCUGGUUCAGGAUUUAGUGCCCAACUGAAGACAAGUUCAGCUGUGGCCAUCUUGCUUGGACCCAAUAGAUUUGCCCAGAGAAGCUGUGGCUGCCCCAUCCCUGGAAGUGUUCAAGGCAAGUGUUGUACUGGAGCUGGAGAAACCUGGUCUAGUGGAAGGUGUCCCUGUCCAUGGCAGGGGGGCUGGAACAAGAGGAUCUUCAAGAUCCUUCCCACCCAAAUAAUUCUGUGAUGCUGUGAUUUAUCAGCAGGGACACAACCCCCCAGUGUGCCCUGAAUGUAAUGAAACAGAUAGUGCUUUGGAGCUGCAGGACAGUGAAUGUCUUUGCCCCCCUUGCCCCUGCUCUCUUGCCUCUCCCCAAAGUUCAUUGCUGAUCAGAGAUCUCUCCCUGUUGGCUCCUUCCCUUGCAGUCUGCAAUGCCCUCACCUCCCCAUCUUGACCCCAUUUGCCCACCACACCACCAUUCCUUCUUGCCUUCAGAAGAAUUCUCCCUCCAUCCUCUCUGCCAGCUUUUCUGUGUCUGUCCCACAGCUGCUUCUCCAAUCCUUUGCUUUCUCCCACCUUUCCCCUCCACAUCACCCCAAAUACCCAUCUCCACCAAGGACUCUCUUCCCAUCCUCCCUCAGAUACUGUCUCAUGUCCUGUCUCUCUUGGACUGUAAGCCUUUUUAUUUGUCUGUACUGUGUGAUAUCACUCACUGCUUGAAUAAAUGAUACCUCACCUACCAACUGCCCUUUCUCUCUCUGUCCUUUCUUGGUGUGACUUCACUAGAUGUGUCUGCAAGUGCCUUGUGUGUCUGUCCUGGUGGCCAGUCAAGCAGUCAGUCUUGCUUCUGCAGAUCUGUCUGCUUUUAGGAUGACCCUGUUCAUGCUUUUGUCCUCUGGUACUUUUGUUUCUUUUCUUUUACAGUCACAGGGACAAGCUUUGUUGUCAGUGUAGGAGCCUGGCACAUUCAGAGCUGCAGGAUCUUCUGGCCCUUGCCAUUCUGGUGCAUCUGAUAAAGAGGUUGGCCUUUCUCCAGCUUCCUGCAGAGAUGCCCUGUGCUGCCAGGUGGCUCAACAAAGGCAGCAGCCGAGGAGAGUGAACGAGAAAUCUUGUAGCCCAGAGCAGAAGCAGCUGAUGGUAAAGGAACAACAUUCCCCUGUGAGAGGAAGCAGUGGGCAGAGAUGUGUCAGUGGAAAUCCAAGCAGAUCUAUCUCUCAGGUGAAUCAGCAAAAGCUGGCUUAGCAUGUUUCAGAGAUGGAUGCCCAGGAAGCUUCUUGUGGCUGAGAAGGUGCCCUGGACAUCUGCUUCCUUCAUCCCAGGCGAGGACUAGACCUGUCCUUCUACCUGUGAGUCAAGACCCAAUUGUCACUCAGUCUCAGAUGGCUCCUUGCUGCCUCCUUGUCCCUAUUUAUUGCCUCAAAGUGCUAGUUUGGUUGGUGCUGGCUGCAGCUGUUAGUGUACAUGGAGAUGGUGCUUCUUCCCGGGUGCUCCUUAUAGACACGGAAAGUUGCUGGAGCAGCCUGGUUCCUUUACCCCCACAGUGACCCUCACUGCCUGUGGUGUGACACCAGCCUGCUAGAAAGCAAAGGAGCCUCCUGGUCCUGCUGAGUGAGCUCAGAGCAUGGUCACCAGUCUGGUUUCAUGGGUCUGAGGACCUAAAGAGAGGCAAAACCGAAGCAGAUUGGUGGACAUGGAUGGGAAAGGGAUCAAGCAAUGCUCAGUCCCCUGGGCUUCUUCAGUGCCUGUUCCUGUCCUGUCCUGCUCCAUGCAAGAACAGACAGAAGAGAUAAAGUGUGUGGGGACCUCAAAUCCUCAGUAAGAAGCCUGGAAAUGCCAUCUAGGACAAGCAAGACUUGAAGCUGGGCUGUGCCUGACAUCUCCAGGCUGAAGGAAUUUUGGUGUAGGUGCUGGAAAGAAGCAUUGGGAAAGAGGAUCAAUCCCUUGAUGUAGGUGAUAUCCUGCAUCCUCUCCUAUGUGCCACCAUGACUUCCACCUGCCUUGCUUCCACAGGGCUGCUGCCUCCUCCUGCAAGCUAUAGAUUCCACCAGUAAAAAAACACUGAAAAAAUCUCAGCUGCAGUUUUAGGGUCUGAGUAGUAUUUAGGAUGUGAUUCAUCCAUGCUGCUCAGGUCCUCAUCUCACUUGAAGGUAUGCAGAAGUCUUUUAACAUCUACAUUUCUGCUAGCAGAGCUCUGUGAGAGCUGGCCUAUCUGCUGCUGUGGUUUGAACCCUGAAGGGCUGAGUUCCUUGUUGCUCAUUCCAGACCUACAUCAGGCCAGAUUUCACAACCAGGCACUUUUUUCUUCAGACCUUGCUGGCCCCAAACACACAUGUACAAGUCUCACAUCUUUGCAAGGACAGCAACCCCUCUGCUUGCUGAGGUACAGAACAAGGCUAAAAUUCUGCACUUCCCUGAUACAACUCACAAUGUUACGUCUACUUCUUGAUGUGCCUUUUCCAAAGAAUGCAACUGAGACCAUUUAUAAAGGACCGUGUUAAGACCAUUUUUCAGUACAAACAAAGUUUGCAUUUUUGUUGCUGUUUUGUAAAGACAACAAGCUUCAGUGCACAAAGGGCAUCACAGCAUUCAGAAGACAGAAGUGACUUGUCAUAACCUACUCAUAAACUGGGAAUUGAAUUUGCUCAGAAAUCAAUGAGUUUCUAUCUUUUGAGGAACAUGAACCUGCCAAUGCCCUCCUAGAUAAGGGCACCAACCAAAAGGUGGUUCUUCCACAGACAAGAGCUGUCUCCUCACCUGAAUUCUCUGGGAAACAAAGGACAGAUUUCUCAUGUUUUUUUCUUUAAAACAUUCCUUCAGCACCCAAGUUCUGUGCCUGAGGCUGUUUGCUGUUUCUGUGCCACUGAUUCAGGUAGAGGAUUCCUGCUGCUUCUAGGUCUCUUAAAGGCAACUUUUAAUUUUCUGUGUGCCUAUACUGACUCAUAACAGCUCCCAAAUAGCUAAACUGCUUUAAAUUAAAGUAAUUUUGCAGAAGACAAUACAAGUCACCAGCUCAUUUUGAUAUGAGGCCACCAAAACAUCCAUAUGUGAAUUCAUAGAGGAACAGGGAUGAGAUGUGAGCAUGUCCUCCAUAUCUCUGAGGAACAGGAUAAUAUUGCCGGAGCUGUCAGAGGCAAGUUUAGAUCCCAAGUCACAAAAUCCCAGCUCCAUGUGGUUAUAUCAGGACCAGCAAAGAGGGGAUAGUGCUAUGUGUGCUCAUGGUGGCCCAUGAACACCCCUAGUUAUUUCCAGACACCUUGUGCUCACUCUGGGAAACAAACCCCUGCUGAAUUUCAUACUCUUUCUGCAACUCUCUCAGACAUAACAAGAGGAGAAAUCUGUCACCUCAAAUUCAUCUCUUCUACAUUUCUCACCUUCUCACACAACAAUUUGCCAUCAGCAGUUCUCAUGAGGGCAAAGAUCUUCAAACUCUUUCCUUGCUUGUCUUUGUAGUAAUUUAUAAAUGUUACUGCAUGUGUGUUGGGGAUUGUUAUGUUUCAGGAUCAGGCUUUCCUUUCAACUCUCCUAUUUGCACACUGCCAGCUCACUGUUCCCAAGGCUGGUACCUAGAGCCAGACCUCACUGUGCAGCCCUGCGGGGAACAGCCAUGGUUGUUCUCUGCUGUGCAUGCUCUGUUGUCUCUGAACACCAGUUCUGGGGGAAAAUAACAUAAUUAUCUACCACUCACACUCCCUCCAGUUUAAAACAGGUUUGGACGGACAAUCACACAAUUGUCUAUAUUCAUGCAAACAAAGGAGAAGCCAGAUAGGACACAGUGUCUUUCCCCUCCUCAAUCCUGAAAUCCCUGGCUGAAGGAUGUACACAGUUAUGGGAAAAGAGCCAGUGGAUUAAAAGGAAGAACACACACUGCAGGCAGCAGCUUUCUGACUGUCUCAACAGGGAGGGACCACCCUAGUGCUGCUGAGAUGGAGGAAUUUCCCUGGUGAUUCUAGCAAGGGCUCAGGAAAAUGUUGGUGGAUUGAAAACAGUUCAUGUUGCUUCAGGGAGAGAUGAUUUUUUACUUUCAAAGCUCUCCUCUGAAAUGCAGGGUAUAGCAGCAGGAUCAGGGUUGGAUACCAAGGAGGGGGUGGGAUGGCUCUGGUGUUGGCCCACCUGGAUCAGGUUGAACCUGGAUCAUCAUGUACACACUGGGACAGGACAACCUGAGAUCAUGCCCCAUGGUUCCUGCAUCCUCCUCACUAAAGGAGGUGUGAAGAUGUGCUUGGUACCUGCAAUAGCUACUGAUGGUCUUCAAAGGCACUGCAAGUGCAGGUGCUGUUGGGCACCAUUUCCAGUGGCAAGGAUGUGCAGGCAUCUCCAGCCUUCUCCAGAGACCAGGCAAUGGGUCCUGUCCCAGCAGAUGCCUGUGCAUCAGCAGUAUGGACCUGGCCUACCCUGACAGUGGGGCGUCUUUCCAAAGAGAAGCUGCUCUGCAUUUUCCUUUGAUUUGUGGUGCUGAGCUCACCUCAUUCCCAUAGGAGCUACUGUGCUGAAAGAGCUCAGCAGAUUUCCCACCAACCUCUGCCAACAGCUCCUGGCAGCAAAUGUCUCUUUGUAGGAAGCAAAAAGGGCAAUGUGAGGGUGAGUAUUUGAGAGAGAGGUGUCCUGCCAGGGCUCUUCACAUGGUCCUGCCCCACACAAAAACAGGUUUUCUAAUGUCUGGGUUGGGUUGAUUUCAUAGACCAAGAAAAUGGUAACCAGCCACUCCAUGGUGUCAGCCCCUCCUUCCCUCCUCUAACCUGGAACCACUCCCUGCACAAAAAUCAUGCAGAACUGGGGGACAAAUGGGGAUCUCCACUUGAUGAAACCACCAUGUAAAGCUGCCCAUUUUAAAUCUUAGCAGGUUUCUCGUGCAUCAUCAACUGCUUUCUGAAUCCUCACAGGCCCAUUCCCAUCCAUCCAUGUUUCUCCUCAUCCCGAGAGAUCCUCCUCCUCUUUCCUAAUGAAGACUGGUUUCCUUGUUCCCUACAGGUCUUUCCUUCCCCAUCCCUCCCUCUGUGCUUUCUCAGGACCGAGCCUUCCUUCCAACACAUGUCCAGAGCUUCUACUGGCAGCAUCUACCCUAACUCCAAGGUGCCUUUCUUCUUUUGUGCUGCCAUCCAAGACUAUCCAGGUACAAAGGUGACCCUGCCAGUCAUCCAGUGCCUUGGUGCCACCACCGCCUACUGCUGUCUCCUGGGGGAAUCGAAGAGAAAAGGGGUGCUCUCAAAUUGGGGCUAGGAUAUGUUAGCUGGGCUUACUUUCCUUUGGUUGUUUUUAACAGGUGCUUCCUGAGUCACACAAGAGCUCAGCUCCACUGUGAGAGGGCUUUUACCACCCAUCAUGAGGGAAACAAACUGCUUUUUUGAGAGGCAAUUUUACAGCAAGGUGUUCGUUUGAUGUGUGUUAUGAUCAAUUGGCAAGUAUUUGUUGUAGCUGAUGGUGGACAUGAUCCUGGUCACAGUUAAACCAAGGGCUGGUCAAAAAGUCCAGCCCAAGCCCUCACAUGUUUUGUGGACAUCCAUGAGUUUUGGACCAGUUCCUUGCAGGGAGCAGGACCACUUGCCAGCCAGCCUGAGGACAAACCAAAUGUGUGGUUGCUUGGGGAACACUGCAGAGCCUUGGUCACAGGGCAAAUUCCACAUCAGGGGUGGCAUUUUGUUUUCAUGGGUCGGCUGAUUGCUCUGAUAGCUUUGCAAUGAUGCUCUUUCUUCUGC